AUGUGGGUGCUUCGUUUGCGUCUGAUUGACUACCGCAGAUACACCGCCCUGAGUACUACCUAUACCUACACGUUUUAUUUGUACGCAGAGGUGUGCAACAUUUACCUGCACGUCUUGCUUGUACGCAGAUGUGUCUUUCUUACCAUAACACACCCGUGCAUAUCUCAUCAAGCCAUCCUGCCCAACCUUCUCACCCUCCCACAACGCAGCAUUCUCAACUACAAGAAAGCUUUAGAAACGUACUACACAACACGCACCGAAUUGGCUGAGGCGGAGAAGGGCCUGGCACUGCUGGUGGCGUGUGGCGUUGAGGCCAACUCACGCGACCCCCAAUCACUACAACGGAGCCUGGCCUCGCUGAAUCAAGAGCGCGCGAAGCACAUGCAAGCUGUGUUGGAUAUCAAUGCAGACUGUAGAGACGUCGUCGCAUUGGUUGGUGACAGGAUAACGGCACUCUCGGAGGUGUUUCUGAAGACUAAGCCGACCACUGACAAGUUGUGUACCACGCUUACGGCCCUAGUUACCGUUGCUAAGGACAUAGCGGAAGAUGACCAUGCUGCAACCAUUGCAUGGUACGCGGAGAGUGUUCUUUCCGACUGUGAUCGCUUGAGCAAUGAUCUUCUUCUGAUUGCGAACAAUGUCGAAGCCAAUAACACGCCACCCAACGUGCAACGGUGCCGAGAUAUCAUCAGAAACCACGCUCACACAGCAGGCAUCAAUGUUACAGAUGAGGUUCUACUGCGUGUGGGUGAGGGUCUGCUGCCUACAGGCGAGUGGUGUGGGGAGGACCUUUCCUUCGCACUACCCGCCCCCUCCGACGCCGACGUGUCAAAAGGCUCAUCGCCUGACACCGACACCACUUUGACACCGAUGGCUGACACAUUGCUGGUGUGUGUGCUGGGGUUCCAGAAAGUGUCGGAAGGGCUAUGGACUAAGAUCUACGCUUUAGCCCACGCACCCGCGCAGUCCGACAGUGCAGUGAGUCGUCUGGAGGCGAGCGAUGCAGACGUCACCAUAGACUCAGAGGACACGCAGGUGGCACCAGGCGAUGCAAAUGCAAGUCAUGCAAGUGGUGAUGGUGAGUCAGAUGACGGUGUGGCGGAGUUACACGACAUCAACGCCAAACAAUCACUGGCGGCGCCAACGGUCACUGCGUUGGGUCAUGCGGCAGCGUACGUCAGCAGUGUGUGCGAAGAGCUGUACACAGCCCACUCAGGCACACACAGCACACCCGCCACACACUGUAGGUCAUGCGCAGACUCUGCGGACGACGAUCGAGCUAUCUGGCAGCGCAAUGAGCACGCCGAGAAGGCUGUGAUCCGUGUGCACGAGAAACUGUGCGGCCAUGUGCAGGUGGGCGAUAGCACAGCCGUUCUGAGUGUACGACAACAGACACGCGACAUGUUAGCUGCAGCACAGUCACCGCACAACCUUAGCUCAAUGUUUGAGGGCUGGAUGCCCUGGGUGUGAGAUGGCAACGGGAGAUGGCAACGAACUAUUGACGACGAAUGGAGAGCCAGACACGGGACGAGAAUAAAGUUAACUACUUAUAACAACGCGAGAAUAAAGUUAACUACUUGCAACAACGCGAAUAAAGUUAACUACUUAUAACA